AUGUAUGUAUGUAUGUAUGUAUGUAUCACUGUGGGCUUAGCUCAAGCAUGGGAUCAAUUGGAUCAGCUGGCGAUGAGAAUGCAACAUAAUCUUGAGCAACAGAUCCAGGCAAGAAAUCAGUCCGGAGUCACCGAAGAGGCACUUCGCGAAUUCUCCAUGAUGUUCAAACAUUUCGAUAAGGUAUGA